AGUGAUAGAGAGAGAGUGAGAGAGAGAGAGAGAGAGAGAGAGAGGGGCCAAAUCAACACAACUACACGCUUAAUCUGCCGGGGGAAUCGCUCCGUGGCGCUGUCCGACCCCGCGUCCCGCUCCACGAUGUGCGUCUCCUUUUCCAGCAGGCGGUUGGAUUUGCCACCUGUCGGGGGAAUGUUGAACGGGUUUCCUCGCUGAUGACCGCGCGGACCUCUCUCACUAUCUUUUUUUUUUUUUUUUUGGGGCAUUUGGAGAAGAAAAAAAACGUUAACAUUAUUCUAUGCGUCUUAUCGCCUGCGUUAGAGAAAUAAACGCGGAAAACUUUGUCUGCCCGGCUGCGCAAGAGAAAGUGACAGCGGCGAGAUUAUAAACUCGAGUUUCUGAGCUCCCCUCGAGCUUUUGAAGAUUAAAGGGCUGACGACGUCUGAAGGACAUUAAGAAGUGGAUUAGGCAUUGUGUAGCGUAGCCUACUUCUUUCUCAUCACUCCUACAUCGUGUCCUCUGAAUAUCUGCGCAAUGACCUUUGGCGCACUUGGAAUGCCUCGGCUGCGUCCGUGAGGUGUGUGUGAGUUUAACUACAGGGCGACAUGUGGUGUGAUCGCAGAAACUCAAAUCAGGUGGACAGGCAAUAAGGCUCGAGAGAAGAUGCGACGGGGUUGGUGGCUCGUCAGAUGGCUGGGGACCGGAAUGGCAAUCCUCUCCUUACUGACCCACAGCUGGGGCCAGGACACAGAAGGCUGGCAGUACGAGGAGUGUAAGCUGUCCCGACCGGGGCCCCCUGCAACCAUAGUGACCAUUAACGAGGAGAGCCCCAAUGGUACUGUUUUGGUGGAAAACAUGCAGAUCAAUGGUCGGGCCCAAGACCCAGGCAGAACCAUCUCGCUGACGCUGCUGGAGAACUAUGACUACUGGGUGAUCCUGGAACCGGCACGGCAGAGGCUCUACCUCAACAGCACCGGGCGCAUCCUGGACAGAGACCCGCCCAACUCCAUCAGCACCAUAGUGGUUCAGGUCCAGUGCACCAAUGAGCUGGUUGGUACUGUCAUUUUCCACGAGGUACGGAUCGUUGUGAGAGACGUGAAUGACAACACGCCUCACUUUCAGCAGCCACGCUACUACGUGGCCGUCAACGAGCUCACGCCGGUCGGAACGACAAUAUUCACCGGCUUCUCAGGAGACAAUGGAGCCACGGACAUUGACGAUGGGCCCAAUGGACAUAUAGAAUACAGCAUCCUUUACAACGGCAACGACCCGGCAUCGAACAGAACAGUGAGUGUGGCUAACACCCUUUCAGGAUUCAUUAUUCUGGCAGAGAGGCUAAACUAUGAGGAGACAACUCGCUACCUGGUUUUGGUCCAAGCCAAUGACCGCGCUCCGUACCCGCCCAACAGACGCAGUGCGACCACCACGCUGACCGUGGACGUUCUGGACGGAGACGACCUGGGCCCCAUGUUCCUGCCUUGCGUUUUGGUGAACAACACCCGCGACUGCAACCCCAUCACCUACCGCGUUGUCAUCCCCGAAUUCACUGAACCGAGCAAGCUGAACCCACUGAACGUGACCCCUGCAAUCCAGGCCGUGGACAUGGACAGAAACAUACAGCCUCCAUCAGACAGACCUGCAAUUCUUUAUUACAUCCUGGUCGGUCAGCCGGUCACAUAUCCAGCCUUUUUCUCCCUAAAUAGAACCACUGCAGAGCUGCGCGUCUUGCAGCCUAUCAGCAGAGAUUUAUAUCAAAGGUUCACUCUCAUCAUCAAGGCUGAGCAGGACAACGGCCACCCCCUCCCUGCCUACGCUGACCUCAUUAUCGAAAUCCUGGAUGAGAACAACCAGGCACCGUAUUUCCAGUUUGCCACCUACCAGGGCUACGUGAGUGAGGCCUCCCCGGUGGGCACCACCAUCUCGGCCAGCGCCAACCUCACUGCUCCGCUGGGAAUCAUCGCUCUGGAUAAUGACAUCGAAGAGACGAAAGACCCCAUGGUUAGGAUAACCCUGAAUGACCACACCACGAUCUUCAGCCUGACCCCAGCAGGGAUAAUCCGCUACCUUAUGCUCAUCAAACCUGUGGACCGGGAGAAGCAGAUGGCCUAUAGCUUCACGAUGGUGGCGUCAGAUGGCAUCCAGCAAAGCAUCCCAGUCACUGUCAACAUCCUAGUCAUUGACGCAAACGACAAUACGCCCACGUUUGCCGAGGUCUCCUACAGCAUUGAGGUCUUCACAGACAUGCAGCCGGGGGAGACGGUGCUACAGUUAACAGCAGCGGACGCUGACGAGGGACUGAAUGGUCUGGUGACCUAUGAGAUACUCGCUGGUGCACAGGGACAUUUCAUCAUUAGUAAUCGCACUGGACGCAUCACCGUGGCGCCGGGUGUCACUCUGACUGUGGGACGGUCUUAUGCACUCACUGUCAGGGCCUCUGACAACGCACCAGAGACGCAGAGAAGGAGCUCCAUCACUACAGUGUACAUUGAGGUCUUGCCUCCCAACAACCAAAGCCCCCCACGUUUCCCCCUGCUCACCUACAACCUGGAAAUCAGCGAGGCCAUGAGGAUUGGGGCUAUUCUGCUCAACCUGCAGGCCACGGACCGAGAAAACGAUCCUAUUACCUACCGCAUUGUGAGUGGGGAUUCCCAGAAGGUCUUUAACCUCUCAGAAACGAUUGGCCUGCUGCUUCUGAGGAAGCCUCUGGACAGAGAGGUCACCGAUCAGUACCUCCUGGUUGUCACAGCCUCCGAUGGGAACCCUGGAGGGACAUCCACUGCUACUGUGAACAUAGUCGUCACUGAUGUCAACGAUAAUGACCCCGUGUUCGACCUGACCACACCCACGAAUUUCACUGUCCAAGAAGAAAAGGCCAAUGUGUUUGUUGGACAAGUCAGGGCUACAGAUCCAGACGCAGGGGUGAACGGACUGGUGCGCUACAGGAUCGUGAAUCAACCGGACUUGUUCACAAUCAGCGCCAAUGGUAGCAUCUACACAAGAGUGCCUCUCGACCGGGAACUCCGGAGCCAAUACGACCUGGUGGUGGAGGCCUCCGAUGGGGCAGUGGAUCCCCGACGGACCACUUUGACCCUCUCAAUCCAGGUCACGGAUAUCGAUGACAACAGCCCAGUCUUCUCCCAGCAAACGUACGUGGCGAAUGUCCCCGAGAACACCCCAGUGGGAACUGUGGUCCUCAAGCUAAGCGCGGUGGACUCGGACCUCUUCUCCGUCGUCACGUAUCGGAUCAAGACCGAGUCGGCCAGGCAGCUGUUUUCGCUGAACCCUGUCACCGCGGAGUUAGCUGUGCUGCAGACCCUGGACUUCGAGGACCUGGCUGCUAUGGGCAUGGGGGCCAAUUUCACUUUCCAGGUGGAAGCCUCCGACCAAGGUGGGGUCACGCCCCCGGGGCAGGCCACCGUCACGGUCCGCAUCACGGACAUGAAUGACUUCUCCCCCAUCUUUACCCAAGAUCUGUAUAAGGGCUUGGUGGCACCCAAUGCAGAGAAAGGAACUGUCAUCACAACUGUUUUUGCUGAGGACAAAGACCCACCAGGUACUCCAGCCAGUUUUGUCCGCUACAAAGUGGACGCAAAAAGGUCACCGUAUAGCGGGAGCAUCUUUGACGUGGAAGAGGUGACUGGAAGAGUCGUCACCAAGGUCAACCUCAAUGAAGAGCCCAGUGUCACGUUUCAGUUGUUUGUGAUAGCAUAUGAUGAUGGGGAGCCUGUGAAGUCCAACAGCUCUUUGGUGGAGAUCACUGUUCUUCAGCCGUCCCGCAUCCCGAUUUUCACCCAGGAAGAGUACAGGUUUCCUCUGGUUAGUGAGCUGGCUCCACUUGGCACUCUGGUGGGGACAAUUCUAGCUGCUGCCAUCAAUCAAACCAUCUUCUACUCCAUUGUGGCAGGAAAUGAACUAGGUCAUUUUCGGGUGAACAACAUGACCGGCGUCAUCUCCACAGCGAAACCUUUGGAUUAUGAAAAUGUGACCAGCUACGUCCUUCGGGUCCAGGCGGACUCUAUGCUGGUCGUCAUGUCCAACCUGCGGGUGCCUUCUAAAACAAACACAGCCAAGGUGUUCAUUGAGGUGCAGGAUGAGAAUGACCACCCGCCCGUCUUCACCCGGAAGCUAUACAUAGGCGGCGUGACGGAGGACAGCAAGAUCUUCAGCUCGGUGCUCAAGAUAGUGGCCAAUGAUAAGGACACUGGGAAUUACAGUCAGAUGGCGUACCGGCUGAUUAUCCCGCCCGCACCAGAGGGCCAGGACAGUUUUGUCAUCGAGACAUACACAGGUGUCAUCAAGUCGGCCAUCAUGUUUCGAAAUAUGCGCAGGUCCUACUUCAGGUUUGAAGUCAUUGCCACGGACGAUUAUGGAAAAGGUCUCAGCAGCAGUGCCGAAGUGGUGGUAUCCGUGGUCAACGCCUUGGACAUGCAAGUUGUCGUGUCCACCGUCCCACCAACUCUAGUGGAAGAGUACAGGGAGGACCUCAUUAGAAUUUUGGAGCGCCACAUCCAGGACCAGAUUCCAGGUGCCAAAGUGAUUGUAGAGGCAAUCGGGCCACGUCGUCAUGGCGAUGGUUUUGAACUAGAGGACUACAGUAAGUCGGACCUGAUGGUGUACGCCAUCGACCCGCUCACCAACAGGGCCAUUUCACCCAAGGAACUUUUCAAAUUUCUCGAUGGGAAUGUGCUGGAAAUCAACAAGGAGUUCCAGCCGUAUCUGGGGGAGGGCGGCCGCAUCCUGGAGAUCCGCUCCCCAGAUAUUGUUGCCAGUGUGAAGAAGGCAGCCCAGGCUGUGGGCUACACGGAGGGGGCUCUCCUGGCCCUGGCCAUCAUCAUCAUCCUCUGCUGCAUCCCUGCCAUCCUCAUCGUCAUGGUCACCUACAAACAGCGACAGGCAGAGUGUGCCAAAACUGCCAGGAUUCAGAAGGCUUUGCCACCUGGAGGGAAAGCGGCUCCGGCGGUGGCUCCCGGUGCAAACCUCUACGAGGAGCUGGGUGACAGCAGCAUCAGGCGAGGCUACGGCAGACAGCAACAGCAACUGCUGAGGCCAUCUCUUCUGAGACCCGAGGAACUCUCCAUGGAGUCAGGUAUCGAGCCAGGCCAGGACUACUACGCACAAGACUACUAUAAUUACGACCAAGGGUACGACAUUCCUCAGUAUGGCAGUCGGAGGAAGCUGAUAGCUCCCAUGUAUGAUGAAUAUGGAGAGGUGAUCAUGGAGGACGAUGGGUAUUUCUACAGUCCCCAAGGCCCUGAGCUUGGGAAAAACACGCGGAUUAAACUGGUGGUAGAUCGGGAGAAGGAGACCAGCUCCACAGGAGAGGAGACCACCACUGAGACUCAGAGAAACCGACUUCCCAACAGUCACGGCAACAUCAACGGGAACGUAUACCUCGCACACAACGGGACUAUCGUCCGAACGUGGCGGCCACCUCACGCAAACAAUUUGAAGGGCGGGUCCCCGUGCCGGCUCGGUAAGCAUUUUAAAAAACUAGACAAGUUGGGGGUGACUCAUGAGGAGCCCUCACCUACUCCUGGCAUUGAUGGCACGGAAAAAGACACAGAAAACGGAGCUGGUACAUGUGCUCCCGCUAGCGUGGACAUCAACCUCAAUUGUCGGGCCUCCCGUGGCUCCCUCGGAUCCACCGUGACAGAUCUUAAAAGUUUUGGGUCCAAAACCAAUAUUGCCAAGGUCUUGAUUGACAGAAACAGCAGUGGCCGUUGUGUCGGUGAGGAGCAGGAGACUUCUGUUGACAGCCACAAGGAGAGCAGCGAGACACUGGGGUCCCACAGUGAGCACACAUUAUCAGAUGAGGAAGAGUUGUGGAUGGGACCCUGGAACAGUUUGCACAUACCGAUGACAAAACUCUGACUCACCAUGCGGAUAAUACAAUACAUCUCCUUUUUGUUAUUUUCUUAUCCUUACCAUGUUGUCUUUGUGAAGAAAAAUAUCUUUAAAAAAUGAUUGUUAGCCUCAAGUGGAUAAGCUCCGAUAGCUGUCCACGACAGGCAAUUGCACUUAAAAUCAUAUUUGAUAUAACCAUAAAACAUCAAAGCUUCAUUUUUAUGUGAACCGUUAACUGUAAUUUCACGUCUUUAUUGAAGACAGAAGAUUGGCGUCUUUUAUUGAAUGAUUCCAUGUUAAACUUUCUUUUCUCAGUUUGAGUUUUUUGUUUUUCACUAAGCAGAUCAUAAAGAGAUUGUAAUUCAUUUCACUAAAGAUAUUUAUGUAGGAAUCAUGGUGAACGUAUGAAGAAUUUGUGAUGAUAAAGUAUAUUAUAAAGAAAAUUAUUUUGUUAAAUGCAUUUUACUUGCAAUGGAUUAAGAUUGUCAUUGAUUAUUUUAUGUUGGGAUCACUUGACAAUGUUUUUGGAAAUUUCUGAAAUUAUAUGAAAUUAUUUUUGUCUAUUUUGUAUCUAACAGAGAUGGUGAAUCUAACAUGACAUUAAAGACAAAAUACGCACACGA